GCGGAGUGUUUAGUUGGCAGCUCGGCGCUGCGUUUGCAAGCACAGUCGCCUCGCUUCCCUCCACUACCACUGGAGUGUCUGGUAUCGGUAUCGACCGCGCCACUUUUACUUCUAUAAGCAAUUGCGCGGAAUUGAGCCCUCUCCAAGGCAAUGGGUAACCGUAAAAAUAUUUUGUACUUAUUUGAUGUCGACGGAACCUUAACUAAGCCUCGGCAACGCAUUUCCGAAGACCUAAAGAACUUUUUACUGAAAGAAGUGAAAUCCCGGGUCAAAGUAGGAUUGGUCAGUGGAUCUGAUUAUAGCAAAAUCGUAGAGCAAAUGGAUGGCGAGGAGACAACAAAUCAGUUCGACCAUGUUUUCUGCGAAAACGGCGUAGUGCAUUAUCAACAGGGACAGUUGAAGAAAACGGAAAGUAUUUUGACUUAUAUUGGAGAGCAGACUCUGCAGAGGGUUAUAAACUUUGCAUUGGGAUAUAUGUCUAAGUUAGAGCUCCCAGCGAAGAGAGGUAACUUUGUGGAGUUCAGAUCAAGCAUGAUCAACAUCUGCCCAGUGGGUCGGUCCUGCAGCCAGACAGAGAGAGAUGAGUUCUCCCAGUUUGACAUGCAGCACAAGAUCAGGGCAAAGUUUGUUGAAAGUUUACAAAAUGAAUUUGAAGGUUCCAAAUUAUCAUUUGCUUUGGGAGGUCAGAUCAGUGUGGAUGUAUUUCCAACAGGAUGGGAUAAAACUUAUUGCCUAAAUCACAUUCCAAAAGAAAGUUUCACUGAGAUACAUUUCUUUGGGGACAAAACCUUGCCGGGGGGAAAUGAUUAUGAAAUAUUUAAUGAUAAGAGGACAAUUGGCCAUGCUGUCACCUCCCCCCAAGAUACCAAAGAACAAUUAAUGAAGUGUCUUAAUAUAGUAUGAGCAACUGUAAAUAAAACAUUUGUAUAUAUUGCUUUAACAAAUUUUAUUUAAUAAUAAAUGUAUAUUGCAAUUUGUUCAUUA